UUUUCAAGAACCACGUAUAUUAUAGCUCGAUUCCUUUUCUAAAAAAUGGAUUUCUCUUCUUCACUGCAUUCUCUUCUACAGAUCUUUUCCCUUUAAAAUAGAACCAACUCAAAGUGUCUAAAUUCGAUAUUUCUUUUUUAGUCGCCUCAAACUUCGAAUUCAUAUACGACCUCCUAACAAACUCAAUACAUCAGUUAUCAUGUCAAGCGAUGGCGUAUAUCUACUCUACCACUACAACCCUUCAUCAGCCGCAGCCAUCAUUUUCAUAGUCUUAUUCGGUAUCAGCGCUAUCUUUCACAUUUAUCAAUUAUCUGCCAAGCGGACAUGGUAUUUCAUCCCAUUCAUCAUCGGAGGAUUAUGUAAGUUCCCAUUCGCUAAAUCUUCAUCUUUACAUACUAAUCUAACCCCAACAGUUGAAUUCAUAGGGUACUUGGGCCGUUAUAUGAAUUCUCGGCAGGCCUAUGCGAAAUGGACUCUCGGACCCUAUCUUUUGCAAUCACUUUUCAUCCUUCUUGCACCCGCCUUCUUCGCCGCAUCCAUCUACAUGGUACUUGGUCGUAUCAUUCUCCUCACAGAUGGCGAGCAAUAUUCCCUUAUUCGAGCUCGAUGGUUAACCAAGAUAUUCGUCACCGGAGAUGUCCUUUCUUUCCUGAUGCAAUCAUCUGGUGGUGGAAUACUCGCUACAGCCAAGACAGUUUCUACUACUGAUAUGGGCAACCAUAUCAUAACUGGUGGUCUCGUCGUCCAAGUUCUCUUCUUCGCCUUCUUUAUCGUCACGGCUGGAGUUUUCCAUUUUAGAAUUAAGAAAGAAAAUGGUGGAUCGGUGGCUUCUGCUGUCCCUUGGCAACAAUACUUGAUGAUUCUAUAUCUCGCUAGUACUUUCAUCAUGAUUCGAUCGUUGUUUCGUAUCGCUGAGUAUGUUCAAGGAACUGAUGGAUCUCUUUUGUCAACGGAGACAUAUAUCUAUAUCUUUGAUGCUACCCUCAUGUUCAUCGUUAUGGUUAUCUUUAACGUUCGCCAUCCAAGUGCUAUCAUUCAAGGAAAGGGUCAGCAAUAUCAUGUAGCAGCUCCCACUGGAAGCAGGGAUGGUUACGCUAUGGAGGAUAGAACUGCUUCCGCAAGCAAGUAUCACAAUCGUCAAUAUACUCGAGAAGAGGUUUAGGUUGGGGAUUUAAAGGAGGGGGGAGUGAGAAAAAAACACCUGGUGGGAUGGUCUUGACUUGGCGCUCGGCGAUAUUGGGGAAGGAUGCUCACCACCCAUACAAUAUGAUGGUAGCCACCAAUUCCGGUUGAACAUAGAGGGGUUUAUUUCUUUUGUCAUUUAUUUCAUUUGUGGUUUAUUCUUUUUUUUUCUUUUUGUCACAAACUAUUUGCAACAAGGCGUUUUAGUAUGGGAUCGAUAUAGGAUGUAAAAGUAGAGCAGGACUUAAAUAGUAUGAAUUAAAUGAUAGUGAUA